AUGGGAGCAUUUGCAUCAAGGUUUUGGUUCAUGUUGUUUCCAGCAAAGGAGUACAAGAUUGUGGUUGUUGGGUUAGAUAAUGCUGGAAAGACAACUACACUUUACAAAUUGCAUUUAGGAGAGGUUGUAAGUACUCACCCCACUGUUGGUAGCAACGUUGAAGAGCUUGUCUACAAAAACAUACGAUUUGAGGUCUGGGACCUUGGUGGACAAGAUAGACUCAGGACUUCAUGGGCAACAUAUUAUCGUGGAACUCAUGCUGUCAUCGCAGUGAUAGACAGCACUGAUAGAGACAGGAUCUCCAUUAUGAAGGAUGAGCUUUUCAGGCUGCUGGGACAUGAUGAUUUACAACACACUGUUAUACUCGUCUUCGCAAAUAAACAAGACCUCAAGGAUGCCAUGACACCAGCCGAGAUCACUGAUGCUCUUUCCCUUCACAGCAUCAAGAAUCAUGAUUGGCACAUCCAAUCUUGUUGUGCCCUUACUGGGGACGGUCUAUACGAUGGCCUAGGGUGGAUUGCUCAAAGAGUUACUGGCAAAGCACCAAGUUGA